CUCCAAGCGCCCGCCAAGACACCCUUUCCAGAUUUCUCACUCUGAACCUGAACCUCGCCGACACUCGGCAUGGGCCUGGGCAGUGGGCGAAGCGCUGCGGCCGCAGAUAUUGACGAUUCCAGAAUGCCGGGUUUGGGUAUUUUCCGAUAUGUCUUGAAGACCAUCACCGUCACGGUCACUCACCAUCACUGUCACCAUUACCGCCACGCUGCAGGGCUGGAUUGACGAGCCAAGUGUUGGGAAGAGAGGAACACCGACGAUGGAAACCAUCUCCUUCUGUCAACACACCACCACACACCACUUCUCCUCCAUCAGCAGAGCAACGACACAACGGUUUUGGGUUGAUGAUGGUUUCUAAGAAUUGACUGCAGCAUGCACAUCUCCAUUGGCCAAUCCGUCCGAGAGCGUUGCUGCCGACCAGACGAGCUCAGGUACGGUCCAUCUGCCGACUGUCAGCCCUGAUUGGACUGACUGGCAUGAGGACCUGGCCGGGGGUUCACCAGCGGCACAUUGACAAGACUAUCAGCUCCCAUCACACCCUCAAUGCAGGUUGGCACACCAUCUGAAUGCCUCCCCACUUGCCUGUUCUGGCCCCCGUCACGUCCACAUUCCCCUUGACGGCGGCUCCAGAAUCGAUACUUGUACUGGAGUGAAUCCACCUCCUCCAUGUUCUUGGGUUCUUGUUGCCACUCUCGCUCGUUUGGUCCAUCGACAACCACCCUUCUUUCUUCUUCAGUCCGCCCUUUUCAUCAUAUAGUUAAUUUACCUAAUUCUCCCAGGCUGGAUCCUGGUUCUUUACCGCUUUACAAUGCUUCUCCUACCGGUUGUUCUCCUUAUCCCACAGCUUGUGUCGGCCCUCCAAGUAACACCAAACUCGCCAUGCGCCUCGAAAUGCCUAGACUCAGACGACCUCGAUGCCUCAGAUCCCAAUUCGUCACACACAAGAAAUUCAGAUGUUGUUUGCGAGGACAACAAGUUCUCGUCGGCAAAGGGACAAAAGUGGCAGACAUGCAUGUCAUGUCUAGAGACGAGCACCUUUUCGCAAGGGGGGGAGAGCGACACCAUGUGGUUCUUGUAUAACCUUCGAUAUGCUGCUGCAUUCUGCGUUUUUGGGUAUCCCAAUGGGACAAGUAUCGGGCUAGAUGUUUGCACCACAACCAAGGCCUGUGGACCAUUACGAGACGGCGUCGAACACGGUCUUCUCGACCAAAAGAACAUGACGGCGUACUCAUACUGCAAAGCCGGCGCAGGAGGUGCCAACGACCUUUCCCAUUAUGAAGGCUGCUUGUCUUGUGUUGCCCCCCAUGGCUCGACAGACUACCUGACCAACUACUUCAAGGCGAUGGAGGCCGGAUGUGCCCAGCAACCGGCACCGGGUGUGCCUCUUGGCCUCAACGAGACUGUGUUCUCUAACAACCGAAUCACCCUUGUCGAUCCAUCAGCACCCAAGGACGAUGGCGACAGCGCGCCGGUCGUUGGCACAACCACCAUCAUUGGUAUCGUGGCUGGAGUGGUAGUGUUGCUUCUAGUUAGCGGAGGAUUCGCUUUCGUCUGCCUUCGCAAGAGGAAGAACAAGACCAGACGUGCCAGCGCCGAAGCUGACUUUUACAGCAACUUUGGUGUCGGCGGUCAUGGCCACCGUCCCAAGUCAUCUAUCUCCUUCCAAUGCCAGACACACAUGAUGUCCCCUCGCUUCUGGCCCGGAGCGGAAGAGGGCAUCUCCCCUGCCACCGAGCAGAGCCCAACGGACACCCAACUCCAGAGGUCAUCUAUCUACAAGCCCCCCAUGGGCGGCAUCGACGCCGUCUCUUCCUACCCCACCAAAGAAAACCGUUACAGUGUGCAACAGAAACAACAAGACGAUUCCAUCGCCACCGCUCCCCACAAGAUGGGCAUGCCCCUCCACCAAAUCACCACCGCCCUUCCCCCCGCCUCUCCUCCCCAGGUGUACACGGCCUCCUCCGAAAAAGUCUACUACUCCCCCUCGGACUUCAAGUCCCCCCUAUCAGCCGACUCGGUCCGCAGCACCGCUGCUCUUUUACCGGCUAUCAAACCCUACAUCCCAGCUGAAUACGGCGUCGUUGGUCAAGCGCAGCCCUACCCCCAACCUCAAGUUCCCAGCCCAGCUCCCACCGUCACAUCUUUUGGUCAAAGCCCAACGUCUGCCGUGUCAGCUCCAGGAACGGGGAUGACGCCGCUGUUGAGGGGCAACCCUUGGUCCGCCGCUCUAGAGAAGCCCCAGCGUCCAGUUAUUAAUGUACCGCCGCCUCCGCCGCAGCAGAAGAAGGGGAGGGAGAGCGUGAUGAUGGUUGGGUUGGGGAUUGAUGCCGGGGCGGUGCCGCCCAAGAGGAAGGGGACGCCGACGCCGACGGGGAGUCCGGUGGAGAGUGUGGAGAUCAAGACUGCUUUUAAGGCGCCGCCGAGGAGGUGAAUUUUUUUUUUUUUUGGUUUCCGAAUAUACCUAUGAGCAUACCAUACCCUAUUGCACCGCCAGGUGCUUUUCUUUGAGUGUAUUAUUUAUGGAAUUAAGUGGAUGGGUGGGGUAGUGUAUGUUAGCGAGCAUGGGACAUAUGGACUAAGUAAGGUAUUGGUGUUUUGGGCGUUUGUCUAUUUGAGAUGUACACAUAUCAUAUCACAUCAUUUGCCUGUCCACCUAUCUACCCUACCUACCUACCUACCAAAGAGGAGAAUAUAACUUGUAUAUCACAUCUUUCUCUGUUUCAUUCUAUCAACCUCCUCUCCUCGCUUCACUGUAGCAUACCGUCAAAACCCCAAAUGUCGAAGAUAUCUACCGCAGCGGGAGGGGGGGAGGACGUGAUAGUAAAUAAGAGAGCAAAAAAAUAUAAGCAAAGUCUCCAGUUCUG